UCGCGUGGUUCUGUGUGAUUCGGACAACUUCAAGUUACGCCCCUGUCUUGCAGUCCGCAGACAGACCCUUCUCGCUUUAAAAGCGGCUAUGUUUUGAAGACGUAAAUGUCAGGUGGUGAGGAAGCGUGUGCUAUUGGUUGGCCUGAGCACGUGGACAACUUCCCGUCUCAGUCCAAAAUAUUCACAGCGCGUGUGGUCAUGGCAGAGAAAGUGGAGCUUAUCGCUAAGUGCAUUAGAACUUUCCCUGAUUUCCCUACAAAGGGGAUUCCAUUCAAGGAUAUUUGUCCGAUCCUGAAGGAUCCGAAGGCGCUGGCUGCAGUGACGGAUCUGUUUGAGGAGCACGUGAGGCGCACGUAUCCUCAGGUGGAUCUUCUAGUCGGACUUGACGCUCGAGGAUUUCUAUUUGGGCCGCUUUUGGCUCAGAGAUUAGGUGUAGGAUUUGCUCCAAUCAGGAAAAAAGGGAAGCUCCCUGGCCCAACGUUAUCAGUAGCUUAUAGUCUUGAGUAUGCGAAGGCCGAGGCAGAGAUGCAGGAAGACGCCGUUUCUGCAGGACAGAAGGUCCUGAUCAUUGAUGAUUUACUGGCUACUGGAGGAACCCUGUAUGCGGCAUGUGAGCUGAUCAAACAGCAGAAGGCAGAGGUGCUGGGCUGUUUGGUGGUGGUUGAACUGAAGUAUCUCAGUGGAUCAGAGAAGCUGCAAUCAACCCCUGUGUUCUCUCUAAUACAGUACUGACAGUGGUACUGCUUAUGUGGCGGAGUCUGUUUUAUCUUAGCCAUCUGAAAUGAAGUAUAUUAUAUUACGAAUAUGAAGAACUUCCAAUCAUGUUUGGUAGUCUUAAUUCAUCUUUGACAAAUAACCAGAAACUGAAAAAGAGAGAGGCUGCAUAAGAAAUCGCUUACCAAGUAGGGGCAAUCAAUCACGUUUUAUCUAAUGUGAGUGUAAUUUCACCAUACUACACUCACCAUGUUGUCUUUAUCGUCAACUUCGGUAAUGCGGUUUUAUAAACCCUCUCCCUUAGAUUCAAGGGAUAGCAAAAUGUUUGUUGUAUGCACACUUCUAGGUGCUUUUCAUCAAUUGUCUUAUGAAUACUCCAGACAUGCCACUCUUCUUACUGUUUUUCACCUAUUAUACAAAAGCAAAUGUAUGUGAUUUCAGAUAGAGCUUAUGUAUAGAUUCUUAAGCUUCCAGUCUGCGAAUAUGAAACGCUGUUGCUUGCAUGAACUUGUUUAUUGUAAAUGAACCGAUGCACAUUAACUAGAUGAACCUUAAGGUUUAAGUUACCAAAGAAGCCAAACUUAGAACUACAUUGAACUGCCUUUAUACAAAAUACUUUUUACAUGUCUAUGUAUAUGAACAAUUAUUGUGCUAAGAUGCAAAGAGCAAAAAUCA